AUGGUUGACAAAAUUUCCUUUAAUGGGCCCUCUCAAUACCCAGCGGCGCGACAUGCUGCAAACAAUUCAGCUACCCCGCGUGACUAUUCCAACCGAGAAAGCCAGCCACGUGCUCCAGGAGAAGUACCAGCACUCGCGGCAUCACUUCUUGUUCGGUGUCAAACACUCCUUCUCGAGCUGGAUGCCUUUCAGGUCUACCUUGCAGGCCUAGGUAAACCACAUCUUGUGGAACUCCGUCAAUUCAAGUCCGUUGUCCAGUCAGAACUUAAAUUACUCGAGAAACUGAAUGACCUGGCGGGUAAGGCCGUGGAGGAGGAUGAAAAAGCGAGACGAGCAGUAGAGGACAAGGCACAGAAUGAAGAAGAUAGCGAGGAUGAAAAUGGGGGGCUAGGAACUGCAGAAAAAAGCGUUCUGCAUUCGCUACGUUCAUCCAAUUUUCCGUUUUACUGUACAGUUUGGACAGUUGCGAAGAUGACUUGCACAGGUCUGGUUGGGUUUAGUAAGAAAUUCUAUUGGAGGGGUGCUAAAAGAAACACAGUGGGAAGUUAUAGAGAGGAUAUUGAAAGUGCAUUUAGGAACAGUAGUCUAUUGAACGGUGGAGCCGAAGACGACGAAAUGCCUCUCUCCAAGACAACGGCACCAGCACUUUUGAAGAGAAACGUGCUUGUGGAUAUCGUCGCCGAUCAUGGAGAAGAAUGGGUGAAAGUGUCUACAAUCACACCUUCACGUCUCUUGUUUGAACUGGCAAAGCAAGGGUGGGAUGUAGACUCGGACUCAGACGACGACCCAGUGGAAGAUGGACUAGCAGGCAAUGAUAGCGAUGGUGACGAUAUGAUCGAGCUUGUCAAAUUAGCAGCGGACAUGACGAAGGCGGCCAAGGAAACCCGAGUUAGAUACAAACACCCUCGAAUACGAUUUGUUCUCACUAAGAUUACCGAAGGCGAAGUACCUCCAGUUGACAGGAUCAUCCGUGAGAUUCGAAAAUUAGGGGUGACGGUGGAAUGCCGUAACAUUGCGGAAGAUGUGCCAGGUGAAGGGUCUUUGAUACAUGACACGGGGUCCCUGGAGGCUUUGUUUACAUCACUACUCCCCAGUCCAUACCCUCACCGAACCCCGACAUUAAACGUCGACUGUACGCUGCUUCUCGCUCUAGUGUCAGAUGUGUCGCAUAUCAGGAACUUAACGCAUGCACCAUAUCACCACCGUGCGGUGACCCGGCAAAUCCAACUCGAGGCACAAAAUCCUUUGAUACCUUCGGAGCUAUGGCCGGCAAUGGGCGAUAAGGAACUGGUUUGCACAGAGGAAGCUGCCCACAGAAUGCGAGAAAUAGUCGCAACAAUAGGCACCCAGACAGAAAAAUUAAGGACUCAGCUGCUUAUGGGCGAGCUAGACGAGGAUUUGGCUAGGAAAGAAUUAAUAUCCCGAUUCCAAACAUUAUCUGAUCAUAAAGUUCCUACAGAUUGGAAACUCCCCAUCCGAGUGGUAGAUUCCCAUGAGAUAAUUGAGGAAGGCCUCGAAAAUGGAAAACUGCCAGCCAUAGCUCGCGAAGUGAAAGCACAACUCAGUGUAAUAAAUGCUAGUGUUUUCAUAUACGGUUGGGUGACGGAGCAAAUGACGAUUUCCAGCAACCGAACGGUGGCAAAGCUGAUUGAGACCCUAGUGGAAGAGAAUAGGGGUAACGAUGACGAGUUAUCGGGACCCUCUGUGUGGACCUGCGAUACGGCUAGAAGUUUGAUCGGAAAAGAGCACAAUAAGAACUCUAGAGUAGCCUAG